AUGGCCCAACCUCCCCCUUCGGCCUCUUGGCCCCCCUCACGACAAUCUACCCGUCUGUCUACCCCUCUCAGAUCACAUCCAAACUAUGUUCGAACAGAUACCGACACACGUCGGUCGCUCCGAGUCCAGCCAGCAACCAGAGAGGCCAGUGUUUCAAGCCAGCCGACUUCCAUCACAAAAUCCCGCAAGCGGGUCUCGACUGCAUCCACCAAGUCCGCAGCUCCUAAGAAAUCUCAGAAGAAGUCUAAAAAAUCAACAAACAACCGGGAAACUACCUCCGAAUCGGAUGAGGACGUUCAAUUCCUCAACCUGCCUCAAGACUCUGAUGAAGAUAACUCAAAAUUGACCAAACAGACAAAAAAACCCCGAGGGCCUAAUAAGAAUGAUUAUGAUGAUAUUGGUCUUUAUUUUGAGGCUCCACAAUACGGGGAGGGAAAUACCGACGGCAAGAAGUUAUACUACCAGUGCAAAUGGUGCAAUCGUCGACCAUAUAAGGCAUCCACACGCACUCGCUCUAAUCUGUUCAAGCAUCGUGAUGGUGACGUUUCGAGGAAACCUUGUGAAUCGCGAGACGAAGCAAUCAAAAACGGAGCAAACUUACCGGUGACAAUCAAAGAGAAAAUCGAACGAGAGAAGAACGCUAGUGUAUUGAAAAAUCUUGCUGACAGCAACUUUGAUAACCGGACUUUGAAUCAAAUCCUCGUUAUGUGGCUCAUGCGAUCGGCUCUCCCUUGGAUGAGAAUUGAGGAUACUCUGUGUGAAACCCCCUCUCAUUGCGGGUUUCACAAGAUCUGUAAACACUUAAGAUUACAUAAGCGUGUGAGGGUACUUAGUCCCUUUCAUCCCUCACAAUCUAGACGGCAGAGUUUCCUGCUCUCCCGUCUAGGUAAUAACGUCCGGCUUUUAGCCUUGAAUCCUUUGCCCGUCGCCGUAAGAUCAGUGAAGAGAUUGAACUCUUACACUCUUCUGGCGAUUUCAUUCAACUAUGCUCGAAAGGGAAUCAAACUUUACUCACGCACAUGGGCAGCGGAAGAAGCCCAACGUUUGUAUGUCAACCUGCAGGAGAAGGUGAUAUCAAACCUUAAGUCACUCAAAUCCAAAAUCACUCUGAUCCAUGAUGUAUGGACCACCAAAGGGAAUCAUCACGCGUUUGAGAUAUUUCACCUGGGUCUCAAGUACAUUUCAGAUAUUUCACCUGGGUCUCAAGUACAUUUCAUGGACGCACAAGGGUAA